AAAGAAUGAUAGAAGAAUAGAAAUACUUCCGUUAUUGUACCGCGGUCUGGAUAAUUGUCUUGAACAUUACUAAAAAAUAAUAUUGAAUUUCACUUACAGUGUUAAUUAUCUGUAGUUUGGGAGCAGGUGAGAAUUGUUAAUGUGCGAUAUUCAGGUUGGGAAGUCGGACGAUGUCUGCCGUGUUUGACGGGAAUCCCUUGACAGUCACCAUGCAGACCUCUCUCGCUCACACACUUCAGAAUGCUUUUAGUCCCCAGGAGCUGGCCCAGGAAAUAAAGUCCUUCAUCAGUGGCGUGGACCAGAACCAGGGUCGGAAGCUAAGCGUCCGCGAGCAUGCACGCUGUGCCAUACGUCUACUACGGUCCGUGCCUGCCUGUCGGGGGGCAGUUCUAGAGCACCUAAGGGGUGUGUACAAUGAGCAUGUCUCAGCCUUCCUCCAUAACUUAGAGACGGACGGUGAGGGUGAUGGGGACUCCAACUUGGAAGAUGUCAUUACAGAGGUCCAUGGGGUCCUUUCUGAGUUUAUACGCCUCAACCCCCGAGCCUGGGCUCCUCUGGUUUCAACCUGGGCUGUUGACCUGCUGGGGCAGCUGAGCUCCAAGCACGCUGGUCGCCGGGCCGCACCACACUCCUCAAGCCUCAACGAGCUGCUCCAGCUGUGGAUGUCUUGUGCUGCAACUCGCUCCCUCAUGGAGGCCUACACCCAGUGCCUGGCAGCCAUGAUAGCCUGGUGUCCGGACCAAUGUGUGGACGCACUCCUGGACACCUCCGUGCAGCACUCACCCCACUUUGACUGGGUGGUGGCCCAUAUCGGAUCAUCUUUCCCGGGCACCAUUAUCAGCCGUGUCCUGGCCUGCGGCCUCAAAGACUUCUGCUCCCACGGGGCAGCUGAGAAAUGUCAGGGAGACAAGAGUAGCAGGGUACCUAAGAUCGGCUCUGUGGUGGGUAUUCUGGGCCACCUGGCGGCCCGGCACUCGGACAGCAUCCGGCGGGAGCUGCUCCGGAUGUUCCAAGAGAGCCUCAGGCCUCCAGCUAUAACCCCCAGUUCUGGGUCCACGUCCUGGGAACACUCAGUCCAGCUCCGCAGAGCCGCGGUCCCUUUUCUCCUACAGCUUGCGGCACUGUCACCUUCGUUGUUGGGCGCCGUGUCCGCAGAGCUGGUGGAGUCCCUACGACCGUCAGUUUUACUCCAGCUGCAGGCUGUUCUACAGGGGCUUCCCAGGGAAGAGCUGGACAACAUGCUGGGGCUGGCCGUUCACCUCAUCGCACAGAGUCCUGCAGGAGGGGCACGAGUCCUCCGUUUCCUGGCCGACACUGCCACCCCUUCCAUCAUCUCUGGCCCCACUCCCUCCCCCCACGAAGGGGUCAGGGAAGCCUGCGACCGCCUCCUCCAGAUGCUCCUGCUGCACCUCCACAAGCUGGUGUACACCUGCUCUGAGGGGGAAGACGGCUAUUACAACCGCCCCCACUCUCCCUCCUCCCAGGCCCCGCGGGUCGUCCCCUUCCUGGAGGAGCUGCAGUCUCACGUGGGGGAGCUGUGUGCCGAGACGCUGAGACUGGAGAGGAAGCGCCAUCUCUGGCUACAUCAGCUGCUGUGUCUGCUUUCUGUGUACGGUGGCCACAGUGUGGCCACGGAGGCCCUGUGUCAGCUGCUAACACUGGCCCGGAACCCGGACGAGCUGGCCCUGGCCUGGCAGCUCCACACCCCACUGUCUGCCUGCCUGCCGGGCCUCAUCCCCGCCGCGGUGAAGCGUUGUGUCGCCCAGGUCCACACACACACACUUGGCCCCAAGCAGCUCUGCCAGCUCCUCCUCAACCUGGCCUCCGCUGUGCAGAGUGUACAGGAGGAGGAGCGCAGGGUUCAGGGAGGAGGCGCAGGAGGAGCAGCUGCCUGCCCCAAGUCUUCCAUGGCCGUGCAGGUUGGCGCUGCGGUGUCGGGACACCUCCAAGACUUCUGCCCUCUUCUCCUCCACUGUGACCCUGCAGUAUCCCACGCUGCCGUGCGGCUCAUGUCCCGCAGUCCCCUCCCCCGCGCAGCUUCGCCUUCCCACCUGCUGCUUAUCUGCCGGGCUGCCGUCACACACUUCUUCCUGGCGCUGCGGAGGAGAGGAGAUGCGGCGGAGGCGAGAGGAGGGCAGGGAGGAGAGGCGGUGAACUGUUCGGUGCUCCUCCUGUCCCGUCUGGCUGGCUACUCCCCCUUGUCUCUGAAAUGUGUCCUGCAGCAGCUGGUGGAAGGAGCCCUGCAUAAAGGAAACGCAGACCUGUUUGGGGGCCAGAGCGAGGACAUUGGCGGGGACACCCCCAUCUCCCCGUCCCUCACACCGGACCGCGGGGGCUCCCUGCUGGACAUCAACUGCAAGUUUGGCACCACGGUCAACUUCUCCGGCAGUGUGUGGUCUGUGUUCCACGCAGGGGUGAUAGGGAACGGUCUGAAGCAGCGCAGCCCCACUCCUCGCCCCGAACCGGCCAGUGUCAUCCAGAACGUCCAGACGUUGCUGGCUGUCACCGUCCAGUGCUGCAGCGUGCCACCUGGGAACGGUGGCAACGGCGGCAGCGCCCGACAGCAGCCUUCCGUUCCCAGCGAGCCACCGCCCAUCGACGCAGAGGCGGCCAAGGCGAUGGCGGUGACGUUAGUGGAGUACAUCUGCCCAGACGUGGCCAACGGUGAACUGUCAUGGCCGCCAGAGGAACACUCCCGCACCACCGUGGAACGAGACAUCCACAUCCGCCGCUGCUUCGAGGCCCACCCGGUCCUCUUUCCGUUACUCCACGUGGUGGCUGCCGGGCGCCCUGCUCUCUGUUACUGUUCCGCGGUGCUCCGGGGCCUGCUGGCUACCCUGCUAGCCCAUUGGGAGGCUUCACGAGAGCCUUUGGCGGUGGAUUCCCCGUGGCAACUCCAAGCUUCCUGCAUGCUGGUGUCCUGUAUGGGCGAAGGCCAGCUGCUGCCCCCCGUGCUGAGCAAUGUCCACGAGGCCUUCCCGUACCUCACACCUUUUGAGGUGAGGCUUCUUCUCCUGGCUGUGUGGGAGUAUGUCAGAGGCAACGGCCCCAUGCCACAGAAGUUUGUCUUCAACUCUGAGAAGGGGCUGUUCUGCCGUGACUUCUCACGAGACGGAGAUGUGGCGAGAUAUGUGGCGCCCAUCCACAGUGUCCUGCAUAAGAAUAUUGACCGGCUCGGGCAUCUGUGCUGGCGCUUCCAGCUUUGAGAGAUGGGAUAGAACGACAGGAGGAAUGGAUGUAUAGAGUGGGGAAGAGUGAGGGAGGAUGGCAGCAGGGGAAAAAACAAUUUUUUUUUCCUCAGUGGUGGAGAGGACUGUUUAUACAGUGUUAUUAUGGGUAUGUUGGUUUGCCAUUUUCUAAGUUUGUUGUUCCUUGAGCAGUAAUUUUGGUCUGUAUAACCUCUGAAGCAGCGUUCUCUAAAUGUUGAGGUUGUUUUAUCUGUUGUUUAUCUCUUCUAUACAUUUCUAGAUUGACUAGGAUUUCUAAGUAGCUGUAUUUACAAUAAAUAAAUAACCUUUGAAAUUGUCUUUUUAUUUCUAAUAUUUGGAUUGUUUUGUAAACUUGAUUUUCAAACUGUCAAGUUUGGGUAGCUAUGCCUUUUGAUUUUCUUUGUAAUGUAAAAAAAUAACUUUUUUGUGGAAAUAAUUAUGCAGUUAUUUUACAUCAACAAACCGGUCCCACAGGUAGAAGUAACUCCAUUCGCACCUCCCUCCUCAGUGCGAUGACGAGGGAAAACCUGGGCUAGCUUAAUGAUGGGUAUUAUCCAAGGACCCCAGAUAGGACCUAUGUUUCGCAUGUAUUUCAUCACCCAAUCAGAAUUCAGCAGAUUGUUCGUGGGUUUAUAACGUUGGUUUAUUUUGGUUUCAAGUGUUAAGUGGAAUUAUUCAGGUGGAUAUUGAAAGUAAUAGCGUAAUUACUGUCAAAAUCUCUUCGAUGUAGUGGGCAGUGUCAUUUCUUAGCCCAAGUCUAAUGAAAAGGUAUGUUAGCAAGCAAAAGAGGUUGAUUAACAGCUUUCUUUUCUUAAGAGAUCCCACUCUAGUUGCACCGACUUAUACUCGCUGUCUUCUCGUGUACUUAAAAUGAUAAAAGCUGUCUUCUAUACACUGACGUUAUAACAGUUUGUAACAGUUAUGAUUAAUAAAGUUGAACUUCACUGGC